AUGAGCGCACUGGAACCUGAGAAAGUUCCUUUGAGUGAGGAGUGUACAAGUGAACUGAGGAUCGUCCUGGUGGGAAAGACUGGAGUUGGAAAAAGUGCCACAGGAAACACCAUCCUGAGAAAAGAAGCAUUUAACUCUGAGCUGUCAUGUGCCUCUGUGACCGCUUACUGUGAAAAAGACAGAGGGAUUGUUAAUGGUCGAAGAGUUGCUGUUAUUGAUACUCCAGGCCUUUUCGACACCAAUUCAACAAAAGAGAAAAUAGUGGAAGAGAUCAAGUCAUGCAUAUUUCUGUGUGCACCAGGACCUCAUGUGUUCUUAGUGGUUCUGCAACUUGGCAGAUUUACACAAGAAGAGGUGGAUACUGUGGAGAUCAUUCAACAGAUAUUUGGUGAAGAUUCCUCACAACACACCAUGGUGCUAUUUACACAUGGAGAAAGGUUAAAGAAAGGCAAGAAGAACAUUCAUCAAUUUGUGCAAGAAAGUCCUAAAUUAAUGAAAAUUAUUCAGCUCAUCAGAGGACGAUACCACGUAUUCAACAACGACAAUGAGGAUCCAACACAAGUUAUCGAGUUGUUUGAACUGAUAGAUAAACUGGUUAUUGGUAAUGGUGGACAACACUACACAAACAAUCUUCUGCAGGAAGCUGAAUUGAGGAUCGUCCUGUUGGGGCAGACUGGAGUUGGAAAAAGUGCCACAGGAAACACCAUCCUGGGAAAAGAAGAAUUUAACUCUGAGAUCUCAUGUGCCUCUGUGACCACAGACUGUGAUAAAGCCAGAGGGAUUGUUAAUGGCAAAAGAGUUGCUGUUAUUGAUACUCCAGGCUUUUUUAACACCAAUGAAAGUAAUAGUGAAAUAGUGGAAAAGAUCAAGUCAUGCAUAUUUCUGUGUGCACCAGGACCUCAUGUGUUUUUUGUGGUUCUGCAACUUGGGAGAUUUACACAAGAAGAGGUGGAUACUGUGAAGAUCAUUCAACAGAUAUUUGGUGAAGCUUCCUCACAAUAUACCAUGGUGCUAUUUACACAUGGAGAUCGGUUAAAUAAAAGCAAGAAGAACAUUCAUGAAUGUGUGCGUGAAAAUUCUGAAUUAAAGAAAAUUAUUCAGGUCAUCAAAGGACGAUACCACGUAUUCAACAACGAUGAUGAGGAUCCAACACAAGUUAGAGAGUUGUUUGAACUGAUAGAUAAACUGGUUAUUGGUAAUGGUGGACAACACUACACAAACAAUCUUCUGCAGGAAGCUGAGGAAAUUAUUAGAAAGGAACAAGAACGACUUCAAAGGGAAAGUCAACUGGACGCCAAGCAAGCGAGAGAAAAAGCAGAACGAAGCAGCACAUACCUGAAAGCUGCAACUGGUGUUGGGAUAACUACUGCAGUCGCUGGUGUAGCUGCAGCUGCUGCUGUUAAAGGAUACUGCACAAUACAGUAA